AUGGCCGAGCUGCCUGAAGCGGCGUGGUUGCUGACCACUGAGGCCGCCUGCAAGCACUUUGGCGUCGACGCAAACAAGGGCCUCAGUGAGGCCCAAGUUGAGGCCUCACGCGAAAAGCAUGGCCUCAACGAACUUGAGGAGGAAGAGACCAAGUCCCUGCUUGAGCUCAUUCUCGAGCAGUUUGACGAUCUCCUGGUCAAGAUUCUCCUGGCCGCCGCCGUUAUCUCCUUUGGUCUUGCCUUUUUUGAGGACAACGAGGAGGAACAGUUUACCGCUUUUGUCGAACCCUUUGUGAUUCUUUUCAUUCUCAUCGCCAACGCCGUCGUCGGUGUCUGGCAAGAACGUGAUGCCGAAAAUGCCAUUGCCGCCUUGAAGGAGUACAGCCCCGAGAUGGCCAAGGUCAUUCGUCAGGGCUCGCAUGGCGUUGCCUCAAUCGAAGCCAAGAUGCUCGUGCCCGGUGACAUCGUCGAAGUGGCCGUCGGUGACCAAGUCCCCGCUGACCUGCGCAUUUUGAAGAUCAACUCAACUGUCCUCAAGAUUGACCAGUCCAUCCUCACGGGCGAGAGCGAGUCAGUCCUCAAGCAUGCCGAUGCCAUCCAAAAGGCCAGCGUCAACCAGGACAAGAAGAACAUGCUUUUCUCCGGCACGAACGUGGCCAGCGGCAAGGCCCUGGGCCUGGUCGUCAGCACCGGUCAAAAGACCGAGAUGGGCCGCAUCAGCUCCAGCCUCGCCGAAGACGAUGAUCGCAAGACCCCGCUCAAGAUCAAGAUUGAGGAGUUUGGCGAGCAGCUUUGCAACGUCAUCAUGUACAUUUGCAUUGCCGUCUGGCUCAUCAACAUUGGCCACUUCAACGAUCCCAUGCAUGGUGGCUCCUGGAUCAAGGGUGCCAUCUAUUACUUCAAGAUUGCCGUCGCCCUCGCCGUGGCCGCCAUUCCCGAGGGCCUGCCGGCCGUCAUCACCACCUGCCUUGCCCUCGGCACCCGUCGCAUGGCCAAGAAGAACGCCCUCGUUCGCAAGCUGCCCUCGGUGGAGACACUCGGCUGCACCUCGGUCAUUUGCUCCGACAAGACUGGAACUCUGACCACCAACCAAAUGUCCGUCUCCGACUUCUUCAUCAUUGGCAAGGACAAGAACCUAGUCACCUUCAACGUCACCGGUGAUACCUUUGCGCCCGAGGGUGAGGUCACGGAGAACGGCCGCGCCUUCAACCCCAGCACUCACAAGUCCGUCUCCGAGCUUGCGGCUAUCUGCAGCCUCUGCAACGAGUCGAGCGUUGAAUAUGCCAACGGUGCCUACAACAAGAUUGGUGAGCCCACCGAAACGGCUCUGAUCGUCCUCGUCGAGAAGCUCAACGUCACGGGUCUCAACAAGGCCGGUCUCUCCCCCGAGGCGCGUGCCCUGGCCUGCAACAAGGAUGUGCGCUCCAAGUUCCAGAAGCAGAUGACCCUCGAGUUCUCCCGCGACCGCAAGUCCAUGUCUGCCCUUUGCGGUACCCCCGAUGGACCCAAGCUCUACGUGAAGGGCGCUCCCGAGCGCAUCCUCGAGCGUUGCAAGAUGGUUCGUCUCGAUGAUGGCUCCACCGUUGAACUGGACAAUGCCCUCCGCGCCAAGAUUUCGGCCAAGUUCCUCGAGUACGGCACCGGCAGCAAAACCCUGCGUUGCCUUGGCCUUGCCACCGUGGACGAGCCCGCCUCCAAGAGCGAGGUCGAGAAGCUGGCAGUUGACCCGGCCAACUUUGUCAAGGUUGAGACGAACAUGACUUUUGUCGGUGUGGUUGGCAUGCUCGACCCCCCUCGCCAGGAGGUCAAGGGCUGCAUUGCCGAGUGCAAUGGUGCUGGCAUUCGCGUCAUUGUCAUCACCGGUGACAACAAGGACACGGCUGUCGCCAUCUGCCGCCGCAUCGGCGUCUUUGGUGAGAAGGAGGAUGUCAAGGGUAAGGCCUUCACUGGUGCCGAGUUUGCGGCCAUGUCCGAGGCCCAGCAGCGCGAUGCCGUGCAACACGCCCGCCUCUUUGCCCGCGUGGAGCCCGCCCACAAGUCGCAGAUUGUGACUCACCUGCAAGCCCUGCACGAGGUGUCUGCCAUGACCGGCGACGGUGUCAACGAUGCCCCCGCUCUGAAGAAGGCUGAUAUUGGUGUUGCCAUGGGCUCCGGUACCGCUGUGGCCAAGUCGGCCGCCGCCAUGAUUCUCAAGGAUGACAACUUUGCCACCAUCGUCUCCGCUGUUGAGGAGGGCCGUGCCAUUUACAACAACACCAAGCAAUUCAUCCGCUACCUCAUUUCCUCCAACAUUGGCGAGGUCGCUUGCAUCUUCCUCACGGCUGCCCUUGGCCUGCCCGAGGCCCUCAUUCCUGUCCAACUCCUCUGGGUCAACCUCGUUACCGACGGUCUGCCCGCCACUGCCCUUUCCUUCAACCCCCCGGAUCUGGACAUCAUGCAGCGCCCGCCCCGUGACUCGCGCGAGCCCCUCAUCUCCCGCUGGCUCUUCUUCCGCUACAUGGCCAUCGGCAUGUACGUUGGUUUCGCCACCGUGGCUGCUUCCACCUGGUGGUUCAUGUUCUCCACCGAAGGACCUCAGUUCACUUGGGGCCAGCUGACCUCCUUCAUGGGCUGCACCGCCGAGAACUGGGAGAGCACCUACCUCGGUGCGAACAAGUCCUUCCUCGAGGAGGGCUGCCUGACCUUCCAGGACGAGCGCGCCAUGACCAUGGCUCUGUCUGUCCUGGUCAUCAUCGAGCUCCUCAACGCCCUCAACAGCGUGUCCGAGGACCAGUCCCUGUUUGUCAUGCCUCCCUGGCGCAACUGGCUGCUCAUUGCUGCCGACCUCCUCUCCCUCGGCCUGCACUUUAUGAUCCUCUAUGUGCCUUUCUUGGCCUCUCUCUUCCAGCUCCAGCCUCUCAACACCGAGGAAUGGCUUUGGGUCUUGUACCUCUCCGUCCCUGUUCUCAUCAUUGAUGAGAUCCUCAAGCUCGUGGCUCGCAUGUCCGACCGUAAGUAG